AAGGAAUAAAGGGGAGGAGGCGCCCAAAGUGUUGUUUACUUCUACUAUUACUCUCUUUGUAGUAGUUGCUUCAAUGAGCUUGCUCCCUAACACCUUAGCACGCGAACGUUGCUCACGUAUAUAUGGUUGUCCACCCAAUCAACCCCGCUACAACUCACCACCACCAUCUCCUCCUCCUCCUCCUCCUCCUCCUUCUCCUUCGGACAAUCCUUUACUUCCUCCUCCUCCGGACCAUCCUUUUCCUCCUCCUCCCAAGUGCAGCUCAACAAUGGCACCUCCACUCACACCGCCGCCCCCUCCUCCUUCCCCACCCAGCCCAACUACGCCUCCACCACCAUAUAAGAAAGUUCCUACACCGCCCCCUCAUCAUUACUGCAGCAGGAGAUGCUUUGGUGGUGACUAUCCACCAUAUCCACCUCAUCGCCGAUGCCAGAGAUGCCCUCCUGACUAUGACUAUCCACCACACCGACAUUGACAACAAAAACAAGGUUGAGAGGGAACUUCAACAGGUAUUGAAGUCUUUAUCCGACUACUAAUGAUCUUAUAAUACAGAGAAUAAGGUCAGCUGCUGGUCACUUUUAUCAAGAUAUAUAAUGUGUAUGAAGAGAAUAAAUGAAUGAAGAUACCAAAGAUUGAAGAAAGAAUAUGCUCAGUCAUGUCCUAUAUUGCAUCUGUUUGUAAUGGAAGAAAGCGU